UGUCCCCUCCCACACAUCAGAAAACACUCCCGCUCAAAUGCAAACUCCUCUUGUAGGUACACACUUCUGCUUUCAAUCUUGCUGUAACAAUACAACUGAAGUCCUGGGCUUUAAAACAAAGACUUUUGCAUGUUUUACUACAUCAUGGAUGGGCCACUGUCUCAAUGAACACAAAUGUGGCAUCAAUGAAAUACAGCAGAUUGUCUUCACUUCGAAAACAAAUAAGGACUGAAAGUUUUUGUAAAAAGAAGUGCAAGAAAAAAGACACUAAAAGGAAAAUGUUUUGGGUUAAUGCUUCUGGUUGGCACUGAGAUGACUACAAUGGAACUCAGGCAAACUCAUUGCUGGAAAAUCACAGAGAGCAGUAAAUCGGGUUUGCAUUAUUGGACUUGACAAGAGAGAGGGUUUGAAGGUGUGCGCAGCUUAGCAGAAUGUUCAUGAAUUGCAGAAGGGUGAAAAAAUGGCAUUUUCUACAGCUUGUCUCAAUGUGCUGUGUGAUGUCAAUCCUCAUGGUUUGCUGGGACCAGGUGGACCACCAUGUUGUGAGCCACGUGAAGUCAUACUCCUACCGCUACCUGAUCAACAGCUAUGACUUUAUCAACAAGAGCCUCAGCGUCAGCCCAGAGGAAGCCGCUAGGUUUGGAAAUUUCCCAUAUUUGCUAAACAACAAGGACAUUUGUAAAGACAAAGACGUGCUGCUACUACUCUUUGUGAAGUCCUCUCCAGCAAACUUCAAAAGACGGCAGGCCAUUCGCUCCACCUGGGGCAACGAGUCCUACAUAAAUCACAAGCUGGGUGUUACCGUGAAGGUAGUGUUUGCUAUGGGAGCUCACCCUGCUGUAUCCACUAAUAAGUUUCUGCAGAAAGAAUUGCAGAAGCAAUUGCACAGGGAGCACAUGAACCACGGUGACCUGAUUCAGCAGGACUUCCUUGACACAUUCCACAACCUUACUGUGAAACUGUUGCUUCAGUUCCGCUGGACGCAUGAGAACUGUGCCCAUGCCCACUUCCUCAUGACUGCGGAUGACGAUGUCUUCAUUCACUUACCCAAUCUGGUGCACUACCUUCAGGACCUCAGAAGACAGGAUGUGCGCAACCUCUGGGUCGGCCAUGUGCACAGGGGGGCGCCUCCCAUUCGCCGGAGGGACAGCAAGUACUACAUGUCCUUUGACAUGUACCAGUGGUCAUCCUACCCAGAUUACACCGCUGGGGCUGGGUAUGUGGUCUCUGGCGACGUAGCAGCCAAAAUCUAUCAGGCCAUGCUGUCUCUUAACGCCUCUAUGCAUAUUGAUGAUGUCUUCAUGGGUAUCUGUGCCAUUGCAGCGGGAGUCUCGCCUCAGGAACAUGUUUACUUCUCGGGGGAGGGGAAAACGCCCUAUCACCCGUGCAUCUAUGAAAAAAUGAUCACCUCUCAUGGACACGAGGAAGAUAUCAGGUAUCUGUGGAAGGUUGCGACCGCCCCACAGGUAGAACGUAUUUCGUCUGGAUUGGUGGGGAAACUGUAUUGUACAGCUGUGAAAAUGACGCUGCUUUGUAAGCCGUACUUUACAAGCACGUAUUCAUGCAUGGCCGCAUUUACAUAAUGCACUGUGAGCUCUGUGAAGUCCGAGCAGUAUUUGAUUUUUUUGUUGUUGUUUACUUUUGCUUUAAAUGUUAAAUAUUGUGACCUAAUAAAGGUAAAAGCUGUAUGUUGUAAGCUUUUGUUUAGCACCUGCUUUUUUAUUUAUUUUUAUUGUUUUUUUGUACAAUGUAACAAACAAACUCAUGGCUUGAAUCUCACAUAACAUGUCAAGGUCAUAUUUCACUUAAAAAAAAAAAAGAAUUAAUAAAUAAAAACUAAAAAUAAAUAGAGUUAAAUGGUUUUAAAACCAUUAAGAUUUUCCCCACCAAUUAUCAUAGUUAAAAAAAAAAUUUUCCUCGCCUUUGUAAUGUGAGAUAAAUUAUGAUAUAAUAUUUAAAUAGUAUUUAUAUUUCAAUUUAAAAAAAAAUGUUAGUCAUUUUACUGUAUGCUUUUUAAAAAAUGCAGUAUUUUUAAUUUUCAGUUAUAGUUAUGAAAAAUAACAUAAGAAUUACAUAUAUAUAUAUAUGAAAUGAAUAAUAAUAUUAAAUUAAUUAAUAUUAUUAAAACCAAUAUUAAUAUUUAAUAAAAUUAAUAAUUUCUGUUUAUCAUAAUGAAAAUAAUUUCAAAAGGCAAAGAAAAUAUAUUUAUGGUCCUAUAAUAGCCAUUUCCCUUUUUUUUUUUUUUUGUAGGGUGAAAUAGGCUUGGACAUGUUUUUGUGAGAUCUCAAUUUCAGUUUUAACAAUGUUAUUUUCAGUUUCUAUGUAUUGCACCAUCAUAACGAAGUAAAACUUUAUAAGAUACUGAGAGAUAAGAUGUUUCACUGUGGCAUGUUAUUAGAAAACUAAUAACUAAUGUCUUGAUUUCUUUUAUGGAAUCAUUUCAUAUCUUCGAUGUUGAAAUUGUCAUAUGCUUCUGCUUAAAGCUUUCAAACAGCAAGAGGGCAUUUUGAUGAUAGAACAGAUGAUAAAAAUGGUGCUACUGGUAAAAGAGACUUUUAACAAGUUAUAUUUUGCUUCAAUAAAGCAAAACUUAUUAAGAGUUAUUGCAUAUUGACAUUAUUAUGAUGAUAAAUUUACCCUCAAAUCUCAUCACAUGCACAACAAUUCUUGACACUGUAAAUGUGAAAUUACUGUAUUACAGAAUAUAAGGAGAAUCUCCACGGAGAAUAAGAAUUACAGUAAAAUGUUGCUACAAGAAGAAUGAGUUAUGUUGCUUCAAUAUGCUUCAGUCUUUGCAAAAAAUAAUGCCAUAAAUGUAGAUUGCCAUGUUUUUAUUUCCCCACUAUAAUUCUGAAAUAAAAAUCAAUUAAAGUGUUCAUUUCAA